AUGUGCCCAAAACCGCGCAAGGAAGUGCGGCUACGCGCGGAAUUAGGAAAACCCCAGGGGUUUGAGAGCUCAGAGAAUGAGGCUCCUCUCAGGGCCAGGGGGACUGAUCUUGCCCUGUAUUCUUGGCAACAGGCUUUAAAGCUGAACUUUUCCAAAUCCUGCUGUCUCCGUGUCGUCGAAGGGCGCGCCACCGCCGGAAAUCUCUGGUUGGAGCAUCUGCCCCGCACACUGGCUGGACGCACCGGAGAGGUCCGCGCUGGGGACCAAAGCUGUGCGACCCCCAGUCUAGCCCGCGCGCACAGGCACAGGGAGCACCUGACACCCCGGAGGCAGCCCCGCAGGCAGAACGCCACAAAGGUCCGUACCACCCCGUCCCGUGCACACGCGCCCACACCCGAACCUCCAGUCACCGUGCCUGCAACCUCCAGCUGCCCCUCACCCCCAGCCCCGCACAGGGCAGAUGAGGACACCCGAAGGACGCUCUCUAGCUCUCUUCCCCAAGUCCCCUCCAGAGUGGGGAAGAGAGUGCGCGCAGCAGCACCCGCGUCUGGAACCCCAGAGAGCCCCGCCCAUGCACUGAGCCUCUCCGGGCUCCGGCUGCGGGCACAUCCCUCAGCGGUAGGAAGCCAUCCCCCUCCCCCAGCCACCUUCCCAAGCUCGCGGAGGGGGUGGGGCGGGGGCAAACCGAUCGCAGGCACCGAGCAAGGCGCCUGCGCGACCCCAGGUCCGGCCAUUUCCCCCCCGAUCCCCUCGUACCUCCAGCCCCCGCCCCUCCUGACAACCACCCGCCACGCUUACCCUGGCUGCAACCAGGAAAAACUGCGAUCAGAAAGUUUAUCCAAGCCGGAGCAAACUUGGCUGGACCGGCCCCUGACCCGCCUUGGCGCCGCCGCCCCUGUCUUCUGCGCUCCCUGGCCGGGCGAGGACCGGAGUUCUGUUCUCGGAGAUUCUUGCCUUUCUUGUUUUAGCACAAACGCGCGCGCACCCCUUUCCCAUAACGAGCCCCGCCGCCCAACUGCAGAUCCCGGGGUCCGUCGCGGGGGCUGGAAAAGCCUCACUCGAGAGGCCCGAGCUGGCUGCGGCUCUGGGUCCCGGGGCAGGUUCUCCGGGGUUGGAUACGCUCUGGACGCCUGGGCGGGUUGUUUUGCUUCGGCCUCUCUGGCCCGGGGCCCGCCCACCCCGCCUGGAACGCGGUUUGGAUCGGGGCUGGGAGCCCUCUGUAACCCCAGCUGAAGGCCGCGCAGGCAGGCGGGGACGCGGCGGCCGCGGGGCCGGUUCCUUGCCAGCAUCCAGCCUUUUCGGAGUCAGGCGCGUCCCUGGUGAUUCGCUGAGUUUUCCCACUUCCCACGGGGACCUCACCUUUGGGAAUGAAUUGCUGACAGUGUUAGAGUAACAAAGUAGCCAGUGUCACGGAAGGAACCUUAGAGAGACAAAGGGACACCUUAAAGGUGUCAGAGAGAUGUUUGUUUUUGGACAGAAACGGACAGCGAAGCGGAAAGAAAACAGACCGUAUUUCUGUUCUUGUUCCGCUUCAGACAGUAGCAGAGGAGACUCGGACUUCAUUGUGUUGAUUCUCGCAAUUCCUGUCUUCUAAAAUCCCAAGACUUAUUUAUCGUUUAUCAUCAUCAGCUCAGAUCUCAGGAAAACAGCGCACUGCCUUUCUGUUUGCUGCAAGACACCCACUCAGUAAAGAAUGGAACACCUGCUGGUGCUAGGCGCAGUUCUAAGCCCUGGGGUGUGUCUGCGAGCCAAGCAAAGGUCUCCCUGGCCUGCCGGAGCUGGAGUCCUUGGGGGAGAGGUGGGAGACGGAGGGCAAACCAUGGCCAUCCCUAAGUAAAUUAUUUGAGGUGUUGGAAGAGGUCGGUGAUAGGGAAAACGAGAGAAAGAAUACGGAGGCCCAGAGUGCUGGUGUCUGGCGCAGGUCACAGUAUUAAUUAGGUGGUGUGGUUGCAGUCGUCCUCCGGGAGGGUGGGAUUUGAGCUGCAAGUGUUUGAGCAGAGGGUGACCAGCUCUGUUCCUGCUGAGAACUCGGUCUGAUGCUGUUUGGAGAGCCCGCUGUCCCGGCAGAGGUGGAAAUAAGCGAGGAGGUGAUUGAAAUAGUCCAGGCUAGAGAUGGCGGCUGGCGGCAGGCUCAGAGCAGGGGCGGUGGGGAGAGGUAGUUGGAUUCGUAUUUAUUUUGAAGGUCGAGCUGAUAGCAAUUCCUGAGAAGUUGGAUACAUGGGCAAAAGGGAGAGGUGGACAGAGAGGCAGACCUGGCCCCACGUCCCUCUCUCUUCCCUUUUCAGCCCCAGAGUGAUCCAGUUUUAUAGAUAAAGGGGUGCCACGUAAAUGCUAAAGACACGUGGCCUCCGCUCCUUCUUCACAUCCAUUUUCUUUUCUCCCCUUCCACCCACUCUCUUGAAAACGUCCUUCCUCUGUCCACAUUGCUCCAAGGAUGGUCCCAGAGGCUCAGUCUCUUCCAGAACUUAGGUGCCAUAUGACUCUGCCCUUCCCCAGGAAGCAUCUUUUACUGUAGAAAUAAAUUGGGGGUUAUUUAUUCAAAAGGAUUUCUUGAGUAGCUACUGUGCACCAAGCACUGUCAUAGGCCCUGGAGCUAGAGUUGUGAACCAGAUGGAAACAUCUCCAUGUUCUCUGGGAACUCACAAUCUAAUGGGGAGGGAGAGACAAUAAAUCAGACAAUGUGAAUGUGUGGGAUUCAAGCGGCAGAGAAAAGCUGAACCGGGAAGAGGAAGCGAGUGCUGGGGAGGCUGCACUUUAAAAGGGAGACACUCACCAGAAAAACCGUGAGGACACAGGGACUUACCUCAUUUUUGGCAGAUUUGACCUCUCAUCCCAGGGUCCCAAGAGCCUAGAUUGGCCGCUUCAGUCAGCUGCAGACAGCUCAAGUGCUCCUGGGGCACUUUUUCAGUCUUGGGGACCAGCUAGCCAAGAAAAUGCCAUUUCUAAUGAAGUUAUUUCCCCAUUAAAGUAAACCAAGAAGCGUUGGUUCUGGAGGCAUUGCCCAGAGCUGGCAACUCAGCAAUUUGUUUCUCUCCUCUGUUGAGCAGGGCAGGUAGAGGUGAGUGUCAUGUGUGCAUAAAAUGACUUGAAAAGAGUAACUUUCUUACUCCAGGGUCUGAGCUGUAAAAUAAUCAUCAUAAUCGUUAUGGCAAUUCUCAUUUAUUUAUUGGUGCGUGCAGAUACUUACUGGGAGACCUCACCCUGCUCAAGCCCCAUACCAUAGCCCCGUGGAAGAUAGAGAAUAUCAGCAGAUAGUUAACUAUUUCCAUGGAUUAGACAUUACCCCAACAGUUGUUAUGCAUCUCCCUCUCCAAAGAUAUGGUUCACUAGAGAGAGGAGGUUCUAAAAAGGA